AUGAGUCGGCGAUCAGCGCCGCGUCUUUUUUCGAAUGAUAAAUGGCGUCAUGCGGAAUAUGUAACGCAGCUGCAUAAUUUGUAUGUUAGGGAUUCGAAUGUGACGCUAGCAAGGGAUACAUCUGGGCCGUGUGCGACACAGAAUUUUAGACAAACGCUCGAGUUCUAUACACGCUUAUGUGGUAAGGUGAUACAACAUCUGGAAAAGCAAGUACGUUCACCACCUUUUCAUCCUCCUGAAAGCGCAAGAUGGAGCUACAACGGGUUGUUUUUCACCGUGAUGUACAAUCUCAAUUAUACACACCAUAAGGAUUUGAUAGCCCUUUUGGUUGCGCUUGCCAAGUUAUUGCGUGGCGAGCACUACGGUUUGUACAAGCUAGAUCCAUUGAGAUAUAGCGUUGAAAGUUUUUUGGCAUGCCUCUUCACUUGUAGUGACCGCAUGAUAGAGCGCGUGCAUACAAUCGCAAAUGGUCCCGAUCCCGCCAUGAACAAGUGGAAAAUAUUUGCAGCGCUACUUCGAGACAUUCCCAACGACCACGUGUAUCCUGCCUACGAUGUUCUAGAUAACAAGGCAUACCCUAAGAACGAUGAAGGAUGCGGUCGUAUAACCUCAGAGGCAGCAUUGGUUUUCGAUGACCAUGUUGCUGAUCGUCAGAAAUGUAUGGAUGUUACAAGACCAUCAGGAGCUGAUGUUGGUAGUGACACUUCUGCGGGAUGCCUUGCCAGCGACUUAUCGGAAACACUGUUCGCCAAGAUUAUUAAUAGAGCAACACUGCGUAAAGAUUUUGCUCGACUAGCUUUUGUGCUUUAUUGGCUAUCACGUGUUGGCUUCUCUCGGAAGCAGACUGCUGCUUUUUUCUCCAUGAUGUUGGUACGGAUGCUAGAAUUGGAAGAGGGUAACCCUACUGAGCCCCUUCCACGAGACAUAAUCAGCGUGUUGAGUUACGCGCUUCAUUUUGACAUUGAAGAAAAUUUGAAAAAGCAACUGUGUAGAGACCUGUCCAUCCAUAACAGGAACUCGUUGCUGCACCUGAACAUGCAUGACACUAGCAGUCUUCUAGACUGCUUACUGAACACUGACGAAAUAGAUCAAGGUCUUGUGGUAGCUCUCUUUACGAAUCUGCAAUUGUUGCUGAUACAAGAGUCGGUUCCUCUUUUGGGCCACGUUUCGAAUUUGGCGCAUUGUUAUCUUACAGAGCGAUCUCGUACCGUUGCAGACGAAUCCCCCAAAUGGGUUGAGAUGUUCCUCGACUUCGAUGAGCUCAAUGAUCUUUCAGAUAAGUUUAUUGGUAAAGGGUCAUUGCUUCGGUUUCUGCAAAAUGUUUCUGUUUUGCCCUCGUCCCGGGCUGUGGAUCCGCUUGCCGUGUGUCCGCGCUAUAUAUCGGAUAUAACAGUGAAACUUCAGCGUUUAUCGCUAGAGUUGGACGAUUUGCGUCCUUACUGUGUUAAGCUGAUUGAGCACAUGUCAAAGAUGCGUGGUAUGGUAUCUACUAACUCAGAGCGUUGA